AUGGCAUUGAACGGCAGCGAUGGAGUGACUGCCGGCAGCAAUCAUGAAGACCGACUUCAGAGGAUCUCGUUCCACGCCUCCAUCCCCGUCCCCGCCGCCUGGAGCGAUACCGAGGCACGACCUGCCGCAGCAAGCCUGACCUGGCGUAUCUCCCAGCAGCAGCAGCCGCCUCCCGAAGAGCUCAUGAACAGAUUGGCGUCGAGGAGAUUCACAGCGGGCCUUAUUCGAAGCACCCUUCCUCCAUCCCGCCGCUCAAUCGGCCACGCUUUGUGCUCCGGCGCGCCGCAGGACGGCGAGAUGGAGGCCGCGGUGCGAGACGUCGUGUGCUCCGGGUCCGGGAGCCUCGAUGAGGUGGGGAGCAGGCUGGACCGGCUGGGCGUGGCCGUCUCGCCGCGCCUGGUGGCGCGCCUGAUCGACUCGUGCGGCGAGACGGGCGGAGGCGCCGGCAGGAGGUUGCUGCGCUUUUUGGCGUGGUGCCGGUCCAAGCACCCCGGAGCAUUGGGGGCGGAGGCGCUCGACAGGGCGAUUGGGGCGCUUGCGCUGGCUGGGGACCUUACUGCGAUGAGAAUCGCCAUUACUGAUGCUGAGAAGGACGGGCGGAGGAUGGCUCCCGAGACAUUUCCCACUGUGGUCGACGCACUUGUCAAGGCGGGGAGGGAGGAUGAGGCCGUUCGCCUGUUUAGAGGCUUGGAGCGGCAGAGAUUGCUGCCUGAGCGUGGGAGCAGUGUUGGAGGCGAUGGCGUAUGGUCGAGCAGCGUUGCCAUGGUCCAGGCGUUGUGUAAGAGGGGCCAUGCUCGCGAGGCACAGGGUGUUGUGUGGCACCAUAAGAGCGAGCUCUCGGCAGAGCCCAUGGUUAGCAUCGUUGAACGUAGCCUCCUUCAUGGUUGGUGCGUUCACGGGAACGCCAAGGAGGCUCGGAAAGUCCUCAAUGAAAUGAAGUCUUCAGGCGCUCCUUUGGGCUUGCCAUCGUUCAACGAUUUUCUCCAUUGUGUGUGCCACAGAAACCUUAAGUUCAAUCCCUCUGCCCUUGUUCCAGAGGCUAUGGAUAUAUUAACAGAGAUGAGGUCCUGUGGUGUUCCCCCGGCUGCUUCUAGCUUCAACAUAUUACUUUCAUGUUUAGGCCGAGCAAGAAGAGUGAAAGAAGCUUAUAGAAUCUUGUACUUGACGAGAGAAGGAAAAGCAGGGUGCUCCCCUGAUUGGGUUAGCUACUAUCUUGUGGUUAGGGUCCUCUAUUUAACAGGGAGAAUUGUUAGAGGGAAGAGGCUUGUAGAUGACAUGCUUGAAAGUGGAGUGCUUCCAACUGCUAAGUUUUUCCAUGGUCUUAUAGGCGUCCUUUGUGGAACAGAGAAAGUCGACCAUGCUCUUGAUAUGUUCAAACUUAUGAAGAGGUGUGAGUUAGUGGAUGCUCGUAUAUAUGACCUCCUUAUAGAAAAGCUUUGUAGGAUUGGUAGAUUUGAAAUUGGAAGAGAGCUGUGGGAUGAGGCUACAAAGAGUGGUCUUGUAUUAGGAUGCUCACAAGAUCUGCUGAAUCCCUUGAAGACAGAGGUAUUCAGACCAGUUUGUCCAGCACAAAGCUUUGUUUCAAGUGGUUAUUCGGUUUCAUGGAUACGUCUCAGGAGCAAGAACAGGAUUUUGGCGUACUGCCUGAAGCAGGGGGCAGAAGGGGAAGCUCGGUGCAUGACAAAAGCAAGAAGGCUUGGUGUUCCUACCCCAGUACUUUAUGCUGUGGAUCCACUUCUGCAUACUUUGACCUUUGAGUAUGUGGAUGGCUUGUCUGUCAAGGAUAUACUUCUUGGGUUUGGUUCAGAUGGGGUUAAUGAGGAACGCCUGAAUGAUAUUGCCACACAGAUAGGAAAUGCCGUCGGCAAACUACAUGAUGGAGGCCUUGUUCAUGGUGAUUUGACCACGUCAAACAUGAUAAUUAAGAACAGUAACAAUCAAUUGGUUCUUAUUGAUUUUGGUCUGAGUUUCACAUCAACAAUUCCCGAGGACAAAGCGAUGGAGAAAAUCCUGGCGGCGUACAGAAAGGCUUGGAAGCAGUGGUGCUCCACCCAGAACAAGCUGGCUCAAGGCAUGGCGUGGUCCUGGCCCUGUGGCAGCGCGGGGCCCUUUGUUUCUGUCUUAUGUAGAUGUGCUGACGAGUAUCAUGCAUGUGCGACAAAAGGGAGGGAAUGGAAGGGAAGGAAGGCAAAGCCGUGUGCUGAGGUUGAAGAAGAGAAGAAGGCUGCAGUGCAGAUCGAGGGCCAGACGGCAUGGCGAUAUCAUCGCAAGGAAAGGAAGCUCAUCCACACGGCCAUCCUUGCUCUGGUAUCUAGCGUCACCUCCCUGCUAUAUCACCCGCCCCGUAGCCUCUCGGCCAUGGCGGAUCUCCCAUGCCGCGUUGUGGAUCUCACGGAGGCUGGCACAGAGCUGGCGUGCCGAAGUCGACGCCGAGGUCCUGCUCAUCGUGGUGACGUUGGUGUGGUCAUCGCAGUGCCGUGGACGGAGAUUUGGACGUUGGCGGCGGCAAUGACUCACAGUUUGUAG